GCGGCCCACUUACUCUGGGCGCCACCCGGGCCGGCGGGCCGCGGCCAUGGCUGGCGCGAAUCCCUGGGACCCCGUCUCGGAGACAAACGCAGCCGGGAUGCUGCUGAGCCAUUUCAGAGCUUCGGGGACGGUCACUCAGGAGAUGUUAGAUAUAGCUAAGAAGCCAGUUUCUUGCUUUGAGAACUUCUACAGACAACAGCAAAUUGCAGAUAUUAGAGCUGAAAUUGACCACAAAGACCUAGAAAUUGAACUACUCAGACUAGAAAAAGAUUCCAUAGAUGUUGUUCAUCCUUCCUUUCUAGAUCAGAAGUGUCAGAGUUUGCAAAGCAUGAAUAAUCAUCUGGAAGCAAUUCUGAAAGAGAAGCGGUCUCUUAGGCAAAGACUGUUGAAACCCAUGUGUCAGGAAAACUUGCCUAUUGAAGCUGUUUAUCACAGAUACAUGGUCCAUUUGUUGGAGUUGGCAGUGACUUUCAUUGAGAGAUUAGAAUCCAAUCUUGAAACUAUUAGAAAUAUCCCUCAUUUAGAUGAAAAUCUAAAGAAAAUGAGCAAAUCUUUGGCAAAAACGAAUAUUUUGGUGACUAAGACAGAAGAACUGGCAGAGAAUAUACUUAAAUGGCGAGAACAACAAAAGGAAAUUUCUUCUUGUAUUCCCAACAUAUUCACUAAAGAAAGUCACCAUCAUAAAUGUAUUACAAUGUCUUCUUUACCAUUUACUUCUGAAGUUCUUUUCCAAAAUAUUCAUGUCAAGUGAUCAUCAGCUAUUUAUUUUUGCUUAAUUAUACGUAAUCAUAUGAAAUGCAUUUCUAGUCAAUUAUAAUAAGUGAGUUGGUUUUGCUUUCUGCCAACAAUACUGAAUGUUGCCUCUUUAUGUUGAAAUACUAUGAUUCCAUGUUUAUUAAGACAAAAAUGAGUUUUCCUUUAUUUUUCAUGUAUUUCCAUUCCACUUUUCUUUUCGCAGAGAGGUGGGAGUUGGGGCCAUGUCCAGCAGGGCAUAAUUAUGGUUUACUCUUGGAAGUGCAUGGGGACUGUAUUUGGUGCUAGGGAUUGAACUGGGGUUGUCUGCAUGCAAGGCAAGAACCUAAACCCCUGGAUUAUUUCUUUGGCUCUCAUUCCACUUUUCAGUGAAUCCAGUGGGGAUCUAAUAUAACUUUGCACCAGAGUUAUACUGCUCAGUAGUAGAGCAAUUGUCUUGCAUGUAUAAGGCCCAUGUUCAAUCCCCAGCACUGCUCAGUGUACAUAGAUACUUGUCACGGUCACGGUCCUCCCGUUGUUCAUCAAUUUGCUCGAGCGGGCCCAGUAACGUCUCCAUCAUGAGACUUGUUGUUACUGUGUUUGGCAUAUCGAAUACGUCAUGGGUAGCUUGCCGGGCCCUCCGAGAGGGGCGGAGGAAUCGAACUCGGGUCAGCCAUGUUGGCCGCUUGUAAGGCAAAUGCCCUACCGGUGUACUAUCGCUCCAGCCCAUAGAUACUUGUAUAUAUGUGUAUAUACAUAA